ACAGUGUUUUGCGUUUGAAAAUAGAAUUUUUGGAAAAUAAAAAUAGAGUUCUUCUUUGUUCAAUAGAAUUUUUUAAAUCUAGUAGAAAUUCUUGGCAAACAGUAAAGUAUUUUGAUCAUUGGUAGAAAUAUUUGACCAUCAAGAGGUGUCGACGUCUGUGUCUGUGUCGGUGACGUCAUCAUUAAUCUUUUUCGCACAUUGGUGUAAUUUCUUUGUGUAUAGAAAGAGACGGGUUUCUUUGCAACACCACAAUGUUGAUGGAAGCUGAUGUAGACGAGAAUCUGGAUAUUCCCAAUCUACCACUCAAAUGGAAGUCAAAUACAAAUCUUAUAGCUCAGCUUCUACUGAAUGAUCAAGAAAUAAUAAAUCUGAUUGUUCAAGUUUUGGUUGGUACACACAUCCCAAAAAACAGCUAUGUAGUGCAUCAGACUGGUUGGCCAGAGACCGAAAGUUUUUUUAAAGUAUACACCUCACAGAAUGAAAGUGAUGAACGUUUCAACCCAAUACUUGUUACUAUUCAAAGUGAAAUUAAUCAAGUACUAAUGCUGAAAAUUAUACAAUACUGUACAUUUAUUUACGAAAAAUUCAAUUCUUUGCCAAUUGUGUUGAUUAUUGCUAACAAAGAAUGCCUUGGUUCAAACGAAAAUGAACUAAAUUCACAUUUGGUAAAGGUCAAAUCUGAUUUUUGGGCAGAAAAAUGUCUGAUGUUUCUUUCUGAUUUGGAUAUCACGCCUCUCAAUAAUCAACCUAUAAAUGCUUUUCAUGCGUUAUGUCAGUUCUUGUCUCAUCGAGACAAGAUACUUUCCUUUUCUUCCGAUGUAGAAAAUCAAACUAUUAAUUUGGUUGUAGAGAAUUCAAUAAAAUAA